CAAGACACGCAUGUGACAACACCACAAGGUUUUAAUGUGCUUCCAACUUCCAACCACCUUCAAAUCCCGAGCUCGAUUAUCCUCUGCCUGCCUUUUACCAAGCUCAAGCCUUUAUUCUCCCUCGCGCAGUCGCGCGUCCUCAUCCCCCCAACCGCAGCGAACCAGGCUCAAAGUGGGAUCUUGGCGAUCUCGAUCGGCAAAUUAAUCAUCUCCCCUUUCCCCCACCAUUUGGGCGUUUUGAAGGCGUUCAACUACCUCAUCGUCCUCUUCAACCAACCAGCAAUGGGCGGUUCCAGUUGGGGGUCGAUGGGAAGUUCGGCGCCUGGCGGCAAUACCGAAGCUGCGUCCCCGAUUUACUCGUGCCGUCACCGCCUCUGACUUGGUCGGAAACGGAUAAGGUUGGGCGAUUGAGGCGAUUUCUUGCCGAUUCGCAGCUGGUUAAUUCUUUUGGCCGUGGAGAUCUGCAGUGAUAUUUGAGGCUUUGGAACUCUAGGGUUUAGGACGAGGUAGAACCGUGCGCUGUUUGAGAGAAAAUGGUCGGCGCUGUGGAACGAAGCCACAAUAAUGUCCUCUCCAAUGGAUCCCUUCACCACUCCAACGGCGCGGAAGAAAGGCUCGACGAGCUCCGCCGCAUUCUCAGCAAGUCCGACGGCGAUCUCCUAAAGAUUGUCAGCGUCGGCGCCGGAGCUUGGGGCAGUGUGUUUGCUGCUCUCCUGCAAGAUGCCUACGGCCAUCUCCGCGACAAGGUUCAGAUCAGGAUAUGGAGGCGGCCAGGUCGGUCGGUCGAUCGGGCCACAGCUGAGCAUCUGUUCGAGGUCAUCAAUUCAAGAGAGGACGUCCUGCGCCGGUUGAUCAGGAGAUGCGCCUACUUGAAGUAUGUCGAAGCUCGGCUCGGCGACCGGAUUCUGUAUGCGGAUGAGAUAUUGAAGGAUGGCUUCUGCUUGAAUAUGAUCGAGACGCCACUUUGUCCCUUGAAGGUCGUCACCAACCUGCAAGAAGCAGUGUGGGAUGCUGACAUUGUGGUGAAUGGCUUGCCAUCUACUGAAACAAGGGAAGUGUUUGAGGAGAUCAGUAGGUAUUGGAAGGAGAGGAUCAGUGUUCCAAUUAUCAUUUCUCUCGCGAAGGGCAUCGAAGCAGCUUUAGAUCCCAUCCCGCAUAUCAUAACGCCUACUCAGAUGAUCAAGUCUGCAACCAGGGUUCCGAUGGAUAACAUUCUUUAUCUAGGAGGACCUAACAUUGCAUCAGAGAUAUACAAUAAGGAGUACGCUAAUGCACGAAUCUGCGGGGCAGAGAAGUGGAGAAAGCCUCUUGCCAAGUUCUUACGGCAGCCGCAUUUUAUCGUGUGGGAUAACAGUGAUCUGAUCACUCAUGAAGUUAUGGGUGGAUUGAAGAAUGUUUAUGCCAUCGGCGCUGGCAUGGUAGCAGCCCUGACAAAUGAGAGUGCAACAAGCAAAUCAGUCUACUUUGCCCACUGCACAUCUGAGAUGAUAUUUAUUACUCAUUUGUUAGCCGAACAGCCGGAAAAACUAGCCGGUCCCUUGUUGUCCGAUACAUAUGUGACUCUCUUAAAGGGGCGCAAUGCGUGGUAUGGGCAAAUGCUCGCCAAGGGAGAACUGAGUCCUGAUAUGGGUGACAGCAUCAAAGGGAAAGGAAUGAUUCAGGGUGUUUCUGCGAUCGGUGCAUUUUACGAGCUACUCAGUCAGUCGAGUCUAAAUGUGUUCCACCCGGAGGUGAAAACUCCAAUUGCUCCGGCCGAGUUGUGUCCUAUUCUCAAAACACUCUACAAGAUACUUAUCCGGAGGGAGUCGCCUGCGCAGGCCAUUCUUCAAGCAUUAAGAGAUGAAACCAUGAACGAUCCUCGCGAAAGGAUCGAGAUAGCGCAGAGUCAGGUGUUCUACAGGCCAUCCUUGCUUGGUCAGCCAUGAUAUAGAGUGCUUUUUGAUCAUCCAAAAACACUCGAUGAGUUACUGAAAAUGUAGUCCUGUUGUUGUGUUCUUAGUAACUGUUAGUCAUGUUUUGAAUUCCAUUUCAUUUUAUUUUAUUUUAUUUAUGAUGUGUGGAGACGUUGAUAAUGAAAUAAUUGCUUUGGAAGCAACUUAGAUAUUCAA